AUGGAGUCUAAAGGUGGUUUGAUAUCGAAGUUCCUUUCACCAAUUCAACAACUUGACUUAGUUAAUGAGUUGGUCUUUGCUAACAGAUUCGAUGAAGCAAUUGAGAUUAUUUCGUUUACAAAUAUUGAUCUGUCUAAAGAAGAUAAGAUUAUAGAAUAUAUUUUUGAGUCAUUUAAGGAGAAAUUAUACGGGAGUUUCCAUAAUGUCGAGACUGCAAUCGGUGAAAAAAAUGUAUUGGAUAAAAUGUUUGACGAUGAAUAUUUGAAAACUUUUAUUAGCUUAAUUGAUAAUAUUCCAAGUUUAUGGAACAAAGUUGAAUUAUGGUUGAAGACUAAACUUAUUCAAUAUACCAUUUCCAAUAAUGGUAGAUUAUUCGAUAAAAUAUUUUAUGAUCAAGUUACAUUAAAAUUUAUUCAUAAAUAUAGUACCACUUUUGAGAAUAUUGAUAACGGUGUUCAAAUUGAAGAUUCUGAAAUUGAAUUGUUAUUGACUCUUUUAGAAAAAAUAUUUCUCUGGACUGAAAAAAUUUCAAAAAAUUGUGAUAUGGAAUUAGAUGGUAUUUUAUUAUAUCUUCAGGGUUCUAAUAUCGAAUCGAUCGCUGUAUCAAGUUCAAAACUAAUGAGAUGGAAGGAAAAAAAUAUCGUUAAUCAUUGUUUAAAUGAUACUACCUUUGAUAAAUUGACUUGGAAAUCCAUUGAAUACAUUUAUCAAAAUGUAGGCACAUACCAAUGGAAGGAAAGAAAUGCUUUAUGUUUCCAUUUGAGAUACUUGACUAUAUCAGAAGAUACUACACAGAAUCUAUUGAAUUUCAUCAAGACAGAUACUUAUUGGAAACAACUUCAAUUAGCAUUGAAUCAUAGAAUACAUGAAAAUAGAAAAUUAGCAUUAUCUAUCUUAAAAUUGACAAUAAAAAAAUUAUUAACUAUCUCAGAACCAUUUGAAAGUGAAACUUUCUCUUGGGUUCCAUCUGCCAAAGGUCAAUUUGUCAAAUCAUGGGAAAAAUUUACUACAUUAUACGAAAUUGUCGCUUUGGAUACUGCUCUUAAUCAAAUCCAAGCUGCUCGUCAAGAUAUUUUAAAUUUAUUCAAAGAUCAAUAUAUUAAUUCAAGCUGGAGUUUAAUUCUAUUUGCAACUGGGUUACACUCAUCAAUGGAAAGUGUUAGAAAAUAUAUCUUAUCACUAAUAUUUCAAGUGGAAGAUCUAUCUGUAUUCAGUAGCAAUCUAGAUAUUUUGCAAAACACUAUUCUACUAUCUACUAUGCAAGCUCAAUUUUACAACGUCGAAUCCUUAGAUUGCCCAUAUGGUGAUAAAGUGUCAGAUUUUGUCUCACAAAUAUUGGCAGCUUCAGAAACAAAAACAUCAGAUAUAUUAACUUGUAUCUUUAACCUUUUAAUAAAAGAAGGUUCUUCUUUUGAUCCAGCUAGAAUCUACAUGUCUUAUGGUGUGUUAAAGUAUCUUGAAAAUACAAAUAAUUCCAAAUUGUCCCUUGAGAAUAUCAACCAAUUGCGUAAACUAUUCCAAUUCGAAUGCGAAGAAGAAAUUUUUGAAAUGUCACAACAGACAAUAUAUUUGAAAAUGCUUCUUUAUGUUCAACCAGAUGUUCAUAUCCAGCAUUGGUUAGAGACCUUAAAAACACAUUUAAUUUGUACUCACUACGAUUACAAAUACUUUAGAAAAGUGUUUUUCCAGUUGAAAUAUUAUGCUGUAAACAAAUUUAACAUUGAAACUUGCACAAAGCAAUUACAUGAGGAUUAUGAUAUAUUAUUGUACCUAAUAUUUGAUAUCCGUCCUGCCACUCCAACAAAGGAAUUUCUCGUUGGAUUAUGCAAAUCUAAGUUCUCUAAUAAUGGCUGUUUCAAAGACGAGAUAUACAAUGUUAUCGAAUUAGGCAUAACUAAUGAUGAUACAUUAGGUGAUGAAAUAUCACUUCUGAUUGACCAUUUAAAAUCUGAUGAAGAAAAAAUGGAAAAAUUGUACAACAUUAUUAAUAUGAAGGAAAUUAAUAAUGAAUUCAAUGUUACUCGUCUGAGAUGCGCAUGUAACAUUUCUUCAUUAUAUUUGAAGCAAGGAAAAGAUAAUAAGAAAGAAAUUACCCUAGAAGAAAUAUUUCCAGUUUAUGAUAAAAUGUUACAAUAUUAUAGAAACGAAGGGCGUAGCGCUGCAAUUUCCACAAAGGAUAAAGAUUUUGCCUCAUGUUUCGACUUAAUAUCUGAUAUCUUAAAAGAAAAUUUAAAAAAAGAACUUUCAAAUAUCGAUGAUGUAUUAUUAAUAUCAGCAAACUGUGUCGAAAGAGAUAACGGACACUACCACGGUAACCUGGCCAUCACAAAGCUAUUGUCAUACAUAUUGGAUCAUGUUUAUGAUAUUCAUCCUGAAGAGUACCCAAGAAUUUCUUUAAUAUCAACGGUGUGGUCGAUUAUGUCAUCUCUUUGGAAUAACUUAAAUGGUGACAGAUUAGUAUUAAAAGAAAGAGUUUUACAUCUGAAAGUUAUUGAAACUUUAUUCCAUAAGGAAUUUUUAAAGCAUGCUAUUGUUGGUGAAGAUGAGGUAUCUUUCUUGAUUAACCACUCUUUAUGUGAUAUUGGUCGUGAUAUCUGUAACUUGAGUGUUUCAAGAAGAGGGUUCUUACCAUUAUUAGGGAAAAAAGUAUUUGAAUUUUCAAAACUUGUAAAGAAUCAAGAUAAAUUUGGUAAAAAUUAUCUUUCUUUGGUGGUUCUUUCAGUUUAUAGUUUUAUUCGAAGUCAAAUACCUGAUAAUAUUUUCAAGUUGAAACCAGUUAUAGGUAACUUGUACGACCAUAAAUUGAAUACUGAUGAAAAUGAUAAAAGCUCAUUAUACACUGAAGUAUACGGCCCCCCAGAGAUGAGCGUUAGAACAUCUAUAAUCAAUGCAGUUAUCAACUUUAACGAUGAGUUUAGAGAUGGGUUAAUCAAAUUUAUCAUAACUGAAACUAAUGCGAUAAAUGCAAUCAAGAGAAUCGAUGGUCCGGAAGAAGCACAAAGGGUGUUGUUAUGGGAACUCUGUAUAUUGUGUUUAGCAUUGAUGGAAACUCUAGACACGGAUUUUGAAUUAGUUAUCUCUAUGAUCGAGAGUUUGAAAACAGAGGCAUCUCCGCUUGUUAGAAUCCUAAAAGAAUGGUUCAUUGCUUUUGUUUUUACAGCAUUUAAUAGUGAAGGUAGAAACAAAUUCCAAGGAACUGAAUUAUUUGCUCUUAUGGAAGACCAUUCCCAACCAGUUGUUACAGUUAGUGCCCAAAAAAUUUUGUACAUAUCUCUAAAAGCCUUAUUCUAUUUGACACCCAGUAAAAGAUCUAAUGAAUUAUUGAACAGAUUUGUUUCAUCGCUAAUUACAAAUGCAACCUCGAACAAACCUUUAAUUAGACACUUUUCAAAUUCCUUAAUAUUAUCCUUCUGGCCUGCGUUUAAGAAUGUAUUGGAGAAGGAUAAAAAUUUGAAUAACAUUUUUGAAAAGCUCUAUUCUAAUGCCAAGAGUGCACAAAUUGUCGGAAAGUACAGAUCUGGUGACGCUAAUACAUGGAAUGUAUUAAACUUGACCUUAACUAAUAUAUUUGGUGGUAUGUUAAGAAAGAUGACUGAUCAUAAUACAUCUUACAUUUCGAAAAAGGAAUUUACCGAAUCUUUAACAGACCUCCCAUCAACUGUCUUCAUAGGUGAAGAUGAAGAAGAAGACUGGUUAAGCAAAAGAGACAUUAAGGGUUCAGGAAAUAAGAAUAACAAAUUUGAAAGUUCUACUGAUGGUCCUUCUCCUUUACAAACGAAGAGUGGAGCAUGGGAAACCGUUCUAGACUUAGACAACGACAAAUCAAAUGAAUCUGUUAAGAGAUCUGAUUUGAUUGUUCUUUCCUCAUUAGUUGAUAAGCCACCUAAUCUCGGAGGUAUUUGUAGAUUAUGUGAUGUUCUAGGUGUUGGGUUGUUAACUGUUCAGGACAUCAGAGUCAAAAACCACCCUCAAUUUAAGAAUGUAGCUGUCACUGCAGAUAAAUGGAUGCCAAUGAAGGAAGUUCCAGUGGUUGAUAUCACAGAAUUCAUGAAACAAAAGAAGAAAGAAGGAUACACUUUGAUUGGUUUAGAACAAACUGAUAGAUCAGUCAAGUUGAACGAUGAAUAUAAAUUUCCAAAGAAAUCUUUAAUUUUGUUAGGUACUGAAGCGCAUGGUAUUCCUGGUGAUUUACUGAGUGAAUUAGAUCUUUGUUUAGAGAUACAACAGUUUGGGGUUAUUAGAUCAAUGAAUAUUCAAACUGCAACUGCUGUCAUUGUUCAUUCUUACACAAUACAACAUAUGUAA